AUGUCCCAAUCGGUGAAGAAAAGGACAGGUACUGGUAAGAAGACCCAACAGGUCUCUGAUACCGUAAUUGAUAUCCCAGUUGGUGAUAACAACUAUAACGUAAAAAGGAACAAAAGGGCAGUUAAAGAAGUUGAUGCAUUCACUUCUGUUGACGGUGAACCUGAGUACAAAUAUUGGAUUGCAUUGUCCCUUGUCACUGCCCUUGCAUUCUAUGUUAGGUUUACAAAAUUGGGAACUCCUGAUAAAGUUGUUUUUGAUGAGGUUCACUUUGGAAAAUUUGCUUCGUAUUACUUGGAACGCACGUACUUUUUUGAUCUUCACCCACCUUUUGCCAAGUUGUUGAUAGCAUUCGUUGGAUGGUUAAUUGGUUACAAUGGUCGUUUCAAGUUUGAUGCCAUUGGAGAUUCUUACAUUGAAAAUAAUGUCCCUUACAUUGCAUAUAGGAGUUUGCUGGCCAUUCAAGGAACAGCCGUUGUGCCAAUCAUGUUUUUGACCAUGAAAACAUUGGGAUUCAGUGUAGCCGCUUGCUUGUUCUCUGGUAUAAUUGUUUGUUUCGAUAACGCUCAAGUGGUGGAUAGCAGAUUGAUUUUAUUGGAUGCAACCUUAAUUUUAAGUGUUGCGUUGACAAUGUUUAGUUAUUGUAAAUUUUCCACAUUUAGAAGAGAGCCAUUUAGUGAAAAAUGGUGGACUUGGCUUUUAGCAACAGGAGUAUCAUUGUCUUGCGUUAUUUCAACCAAGUAUGUGGGAGUUUUCACAUACUUUACCAUUGGAAUUGCAGUCAUUCAUGAAUUAUGGAUCUUGUUGGACUAUAAGAAAGGGUUGACUUUGCAACAAUUCAGCAAACAUUUUUUCGCUAGAUUAUGGGCAUUGAUCAUUAUACCAUUCAUAAUUUACUUGACUUGGUUCUACAUCCACUUUGCUAUAUUGACAAAAUCAGGUCCUGGAGAUACCUUCAUGUCUGCCGAAUUCCAAGAGACAUUACAGGAAUCUCCAUUAGCAAAACAUUCCAAACAGGUACAUUAUGGCGAUCAAAUAACCAUUAAACACAAGGAAACAGGGUCAUUUUUACACUCACAUGAUCAUGUGUAUCCUUUACGUUACGAAGAUGGAAGAAUCUCCUCAAAUAAGCAACAGGUCACUUGUGUUGAUGUUGAUAAUGCUGCCGCGGAUCCAAAUAACCAAUGGGAAAUUGUCCCUGUAGCUGCACAAGAUGACGGAACAAAGGGAAAAGAUGUUUAUACUAAUGAUGUUGUUCGAUUCAAGCAUGUGGGAACCGGUGGCUUUCUUUUGACUCAUGAUGUCGCUUCUCCAUUGAAAGCAACAAACGAGGAGUUCAUCGUUGUUUUUGAUGAUCUUGCUGAAAAAAGAUAUAAUGAGACAUUGUUUAGAUUGAAGUUGGACGUGCCAGGAUCAUCACCCAAGAAACAAAACCAAAGAAAGAAAAUCAAGACGUUGGCAACUCCAUUGAGAGUUUUGCACAUGGAUACAGUUGUUGCUAUGUGGACGCACGAUGACGAAUUAUUGCCUGAAUGGGGGUUCAAUCAACAAGAAGUAAGUGGAAAUAAAAAUAUCAAGAGCAAAGAAAAUGUUUGGACAUUUGAUUUGAUUACAAACUUGGAGGAAUCUGAUCCUAGAAGUAAGUAUGUACCAAAAAAAAUCAAAUCAAUUCCAUUUUUGAAGAAAUGGUGGGAAUUGCAAGGUUUGAUGUUCCAUCACAACAAUCAACUUAGUUCAACUCAUCCAUUUGCGUCUCAGCCGGAUUCAUGGCCCCUUGCAUUGAGUGGAGUUUCCUUCUUUAAUGAUAAUGAAACCAAAAAGCAAAUCUUCUUUGUAGGAAAUGUAAUCGGUUUUUGGUUGGAAGUUUGCUUCUUGUCAAUCUAUGUUGGUAUAAUUUUAGCCGAUCAAAUCACCCUUAGAAGAAACUAUAAUUUGUUGAGCAAAAAGGCCAGAUCAAGGUUGUACAACACAUUGGGGUUCUUGUUUAUUGGUUGGUGUGCCCAUUACUUUCCAUUUUAUUUGAUGAACCGUCAAAAGUUUUUGCACCAUUAUUUACCUGCUCAUCUAAUAGCAGCCUUAUUUUCCGGGGGAUUGGUCGAAUUCAUCUGUUCAAACAAUUCAGCAGAGGCAGUGAAUGUUAGUCAAAAACGGAAGAAAAUCAAGAUGACAUUCUUAGUUGGUGCCGCAUCCAUUGGUAUUAUUUGGUUCUUCUUCUACUUCAGACCAAUAACCUACGGAGAUGUUUCUUUGAAUCCGGCUGAGGUGAGGGCAAGACAAUGGUUAGACAUCAAAUUGCACUACGCAAAGUAA